AUGUUUGUAGAAGACGGCGCCAAGAACUCACAUAGCGAGAUCUCCUGGAUUGAUGAUCAAUCCGCAGAGCAGAAGGCGAUGAAAGUCUGCGUUUGCCCUGAGAAAUUUGCUUUGUUGGCUCACCUUUGUCAGUAUGCAGCAGUUGCUUGA